UUUUAACAAGAAGAGGCCUUAGCUUUCUUCUUCCAUUACAGAGGUUGACAUAAAUGGAGCCAAUUCAAUCAAUGUUGGGAGCUUUCCCUUAUGGAGAUCAGUGGGACCCCCUCAGCAUUCUGUUCAACAAUGAGGAUCUUGAGAUGACGCAGAGGCUUCUUGGUCAGUGCCCACCUGGCUUGGAGAUCCCGACGGACUGCUUCUUCACGAGCCCGGAGGAGUUCCCGGAAGAUCAGACGAUGCCUGCAGGAAUGUGUGAGGGAUUCUUGAAUCCUGCGCUGACUCCUAGCCGUAACUCCCUGAUGGGUUCCUCCUCCCAGGACGGGUCUUAUGCCAGCACUGGCUUUGACGGGCAUUAUUACCCCGGGAUGUCCACAUUCUCGAUGGAGGAGAAGUAUUCCGGCGAAUCAUUCGUGCCCGACUUCACAGGCAUUCUUGCCGGAGAAGGUUUUUGCCAGAGCGACAACAAUGCUGCUGGCAGUGAUAUUCAGGCUGAACCGGUGGAGCAACAAGCGGCGGUGAAGAGGUUACAGCCGAAGAGGGGGUACACGGGGUCGAACUCAUGCACUGCAGAGAAAGACGACGCUGAGACCGAUGCACCCAAGAACCUGAAGAAGAGGAAGCCUUGCGCCUCAAGAUCAGAUAAGGGGAAGAAAAACGUGCUGCCAAAGAAGAAGCAGAGGCUCGCCAAACCAAACGGGGAUGAGGGAGAAGAGGGUAACGUUAUCGUGAGGCAACAGGGCCAGAGCUCGAGCACUUGCAGCUCGGAGGAAGACAGUGUCUCUCAAGAGCUCAACAAUGGAGAAUCGGCUCAAAAUUCCAACGAGACUUCGGCCCUUAACUCAGACGGAAAGACAACUAGAGCCAGCAAAGGCACUGCCACAGAUCCUCAGAGCCUCUACGCAAGGAGAAGAAGGGAGCGAAUCAACGAGAGACUGAGGAUCUUACAGAACCUUGUUCCUAACGGAACCAAGGUCGAUAUCAGUACAAUGUUGGAAGAGGCAGUCCAGUACGUCAAGUUCUUACAGAUCCAAAUUAAGCUCUUGAGCAGUGAUGAGCUGUGGAUGUAUGCCCCGAUAGCCUACAAUGGGAUGGACAUUGGACUGAACCAGAUGCUUCCUCGUCACCUAUAGUAAUCUCAAGUCAAUCUCGCAAUAAUAUACAUCGAAUCCAUCCAUCAGACAUUUAAAGAAAUAAGAAAAGAAAAACAAUCCAAUGUUUUCACCCCACAAAGUGGGAUGACCUAACUGAUUCGGAACCGGUUGUACAAAGAUCAGUUCAUCGAUAUUCGCCGUGCCUAAUGUGUAGACCCCAUAAUUCCGGCUCUUCAUCACAGCCCCAUCUGGAAGCAAGCAAGAACUCCAGUGGAAGAGAGUUACCAAAUCAUAUAGAUAUCAGCCAUUUUUUCAACUUUUUUUUUCGGUUCAAUUAUACGUAGUUAUUGUUCAUGACUUUGUACUGGGUCGAUUGUUAAGUUCCCCAUUCAGAAACAUGUG